GCAUAUUUAAUUCCGACGCAGUCCGGUUGCAAGCAGUGCAAAAGCAGUGGUAAAUAAAGUAUUGAAUCUUGUGGAAGUGGUGUGUUUACACACGUUUUAUUACUAUGCAGUGGAUUAAUUUUCUGUAAAGCAUCUAAUGCCUGCUGUGAUUUUUUAAAGCUGUGCUCUGGCACUGGUGUGGUGACAGCAAGUGAGCCCAGACUGGUCUGGAUAUAGUGCUGUGUGCCUAACUGAGGUCACAAAGCUGGCCUCUCACCAUGGCAGAACCUGGUGAUGAUGUUUCUCUGACAGCUCUGGAGCUGCAGGCUCUGUCUGAGCUGGACAGUCAACAAUUUGGCUUUCUGAAGCUGAAUGACCCAGAAAAUGCAGGAAAGAAGCUGGUUGUACAAAAGGCCAUCCGUAAUCUGGAGCAGGUGCUGAUCCAGGCCCAGAAGCAGCGCGAGAAGAACCACGCGCGUGCCGACCGCCAGUCGGAUGGCGGCGGCGGCGACCUCAAGCCGCCGUCCUCCGCGGCGGGCACCUCUGGUGGCGGCGCCUCCUCCGUGGCCGAUAAGCUGUCCGGCCUGGCCGUCAGUCCUCCGACCGGUGCCAAACCGGAGCCCGGGGAGACACCGGCGCCGCCCUCCGAGCCGCCUGUCAAACUGGAGGACAUCAAACAGGAGCCGAUGGAUACCAGCGGCCCGGGCGGCGGAGUAGGUACGGCAGCGGACGGAGAGGACGAGCCGCCCGCCCGCGAGAUCAACAUCGACCCGCGCACCUACUGCAAACUGGGACACUUUCAGCUGCUGCUAGAGGACUACGACAAAGCGCUGUCUGCCUACCAGAAGUACAAGAAGCUGAACCCGACCCACUGGAAGGACGCCCCGUUCCUGUACGGGUACGGCCUGGUGCUGUUCCACUUCAACGCCUACAAGUGGGCCACUCCGACCUUACAGCACGUGUUGUACGCCGACCCGAGCUUCACGCACGCCAACGAGGUGCACCUGAGGCUCGGCCUGAUCCACAAGGUGUGCGGAGAGUUUAAGGCCGCCUACAAGAGGUUUCAGCUAGUGCUCAACGACUCGACCGAGUGCACGCUCUCCCGGCACGAGAUUCUGUUUCAUAUCGCGCACCUGCACGAGGUAGUGGGCCGUCCGCGCGCCGCGCGCCAGCGCUACGAGGCUCUCCUACAGGAGGAGGACCUCUCCGCCUCGCUCAAGGACCACAUCCACCGUCAGCUCGGCUGGCUCUUCCACAGUGUCGAGGCUUUCGGCGAGAAGGCGCGUCGAGAGGAGCAGGCAGUCACGCACCUGAAGCGCGCGCUCGAGUUCGCGCCAAAGUCGUCACGGACGCUGUACCUGCUCGGCCGGUGUUACUCGAGCAUCGGCAAGGUACACGAGGCGUUCCAGGCUUACAAGCAGUCGGUGGUGUGCUCCGAGGCGAACGCGGACACCUGGUGCUCCAUUGGCGUGCUGUACCAGCAGCACAGCCAAUAUAUGGACGCCCAGCAGGCCUACAUAUCAGCCGUGCAGCUGGAUAAGACGCACAAGGCCGCCUGGACUAACCUCGGACUACUCUACGAGUCUGUGUCGCAUCCAAAAGACGCGCUCGCCUGUUAUAUCAACGCUUCAGAGGACGACCCGAAGCUACAACCGCGCAUCAAGUUUCUUCAACAGCAGCUUGCCAACGCGCCACAGCCAGCCGUCAACAGCAGACCGUGCCGACUGCCGCCCAUCGAGGAGGCAUGGAAUAAGAACACCAGCUCGGAGAUGAACCGCGAGACGCAGAAACUGCAGCCGGCCGCGCAGGCCGCCAAGCUGGCCCAGCAGCAGCAGCAACAGCGUGGCUUCCCGACGCCAGGGAUGUCGCCACCCCCGUACCCCGGAGCCCAGACAGGCAACGCGGCAAAACGCUUCAAACCUGGUGAGCCGGUGGAGGCGGCCGGUGUGCCGGCGGCGCUGGCGGCCCAGCGCCGCACACCGCCCCAGUACUACCUGAGUCACCAGCAGUUGCAGCUGCUCCAGUACCUGCAGAGUCAGAGUCAGCUGAGUCCGCAGCAGCAGAGCCAACUCAACCAGCUGCAGCACCAGUAUAGGAUGAUGCAGCAGCACCAGCAGCAGAUGCGGCUCCAGCAGCAGCAGCAGCAGCAGCAGCAGGCGUCGCCGCGGUUCCCGCAGCAGGCUGGCCAGCCGCCGGUGGCCUACCCCCCUCAGCAGCCGCAGCAGCCGCAGCAGCAGCAGCCGGCGCCGCCGCCCCCUCCACCGGCCCAGACGGCUGCCUUCAGCAGCUUCCCCUCCAACGGCGGUAGCUCGGCAAUAGCUGGCAGCGAUGUGGCCAGCAUGAGCGAGCGCGAGCUGGCGCAGCUGCUCACUCAGAAGGACCUGGCCGCCAGUCUUGCCGAGGAUCUCAUCAAGCAGUUCGCGCAGACGGGCGACCUCGGCCUGGAGGCGUUGGCCGGCGGCGACACCAAGCCGCUGCUGGACGGGCUGGAGUCGACCCCGGCGACCGAGCCGCAGCGGCCGGCCGAGCCGACUGCUCCUACAGCACCAGCCGGCGAGUCGCAGCCGGACGCGAGCCGCACCAAACCACGCCCGUCGGCGCUCACUCGGGCGGACCUGAAGGUGAAGGUGGAGCCGGCGCGCACCCAGCCCUCGUUCCACAUCGACAUGACGGCCGCCGAGGUGGCGGAGGCGUGUGUCGGGCUGGGUCAGAGCGGCGUCGGUAACCUGUCCAUUCUGGAGGAGGACGCUGCGCCGCCGGCGCCGGCCGUUCCGCCGCGCACCGUGCUCCGCAGGGACCAGCUGCUGCAGCAGACGCCCUCGGUGUUUGUCGAGAACAAGAAGGAGGCGUUCAGCCCACAGAUGCAGGAGUUCUGCCUCAAGAACCCCAUCGCCGUCAUCCGGGGGAUGGCAGCCGCGCUCAAACUCGAUCUCGGCCUUUUCUCGACCAAAACGCUGGUGGAGGCGCACCCGGAGCACGCGGUGGAGAUCCGAACUCAGGUGUGCCAGUCGUCGGACGAGAAUUGGGACCCGACCUUUACCAAGAAGGUGUGGGGCUGCAUGUCGUCGCGCAGCCACCUGACGACGGCCAAAUACGCCCACUACCAGGCGGCUACCUUCACCGACAGCCUACGGGAGGAGCAGGAGAGCAAAACGACGGCAGCCGCGCACCGCGACUCGGACUCCGACUCUCGUGACUCGUUCUCCAAGUACCAGCGUCUCGGCAAGAAGCGUGGCCACAAGACCAUCAAGUUCGGCACCAACGUCGACCUCAGCGACGAGAAGAAGUGGCGGCCACAGCUGCUCGAGCUGAUGAAGCUGCCGGCCUUCUGUCGUGUCGUCUCGGCGGGAAACAUGCUCAGUCAUGUUGGACACCCGAUCCUGGGCAUGAACACCGUACAGCUGUAUAUGAAGGUGCCGGGCAGUCGAACGCCGGGUCACCAGGAGAACAACAACUUCUGCUCCAUCAACAUCAACAUCGGCCCCGGAGACUGCGAGUGGUUUGGUGUGCCGGACGCCUACUGGGGCGUCAUCAACAACCUCUGCGAAAAGAACGGCAUCUCGUACCUGCACGGCUCGUGGUGGCCGGACAUGGACGAGCUGCUGGACCACGGCGUGCCCGUGUACCGGUUCAUGCAGCGGCCCGGCGACCUGGUCUGGGUGAACACGGGCUGCGUGCACUGGGUGCAGGCGUCCGGCUGGUGCAACAACAUCGCCUGGAACGUCGGACCGCUCACCGCCCGCCAGCACCGGCUGGCCGUCGAGAGGUACGAGUGGAACAAGCUGCAGCGCUUCAAGUCGAUCGUGCCCAUGCAGCACCUCAGCUGGAACCUGGCCAGGAACAUCCGCGUCUCCGACCCCAAGCUGCACAGGAGCAUCAAGACGGUGCUGCUGAAGGGCCUGAAGCAGGUGAUGAUGAUGAUCGAGUUCACCAAGGCGUGCAACGUCGACAUCCGCUUCCACGGCCGGGGCAAGAACGAGAGCACCCACUACUGCGGCGUCUGUGAGAUGGAGGUGUUCAACCUGCUCUUCAUCAAGGAGCACGAGAAGCGUCACGUGGUGCACUGCGUGGACUGCGCGCGCCGGCACGCGCCCCGCCUGGCCGGCUUCAUCUGCCUGGAGGAGUACAAGCUACAGGAGCUGCAGGACGUCUACGACAACUUCCAGCUGCACGUGCCGCCGAUGGCUCCGCCGGCGUGACAGAGUGCGUGCGGCGGCCACCCGCCCAGUCCGGCGUACAGCCGCGCCUCCAGCAGCAACACCUCCUGGGCGCUCGGCUCGCCGGCGUCUGCUCAAUAGGCGGCCACCGACCGUCACUGCCAGCCGCGGGCGGCCCCGUGGCGACACACAACUACCUGAGGACGUACCAGAGCUACGCCGCCAGUCGUAGCCGCAUAGCACAGUGAUAUCAAAAGACUCGCGCGCGAGCGCUGGGGGACAGAGCGGUUUUCUAGUGUUGUUCUAUUAUUAGUGGGAGUUUGAGAUGUCUCACAAACGAUAGCCGGUGACGCGUUCGUCGCCGGCCGCCUAUACAGAGCCACUGCCAUCAGACAGAUUACCCUGUCUGCGCCACAGUUCAGUGUCGAUCUCCGCUCGUCAGAGGAACGAGUGACAGUUGUCCCACGCAGCCGCACCGCCUCCGCUGAGAAAACUAUCGCGUGUGAGCGACUUGUUGUAGUUGUCCCAGCUGCCGUCAGGGCGGCGCCACCGUGCAGUCUGGUCGUGUACAUGCGUUCUGUACAUAUGUGUAGAUGUUUAUACGGCGGCGAAAUCUGCCCCACGCGUCAUUUGUAAGUAAGCAGAUCCUAUUUAUUUGACAUGAAUUACAUCUCGCCAUUGAAUGGACUGAAGAAGGCAUCCUCUCGAUCUCCAUCGCGCACGACUGAAAAUGGCCGCGCCUGUACCAUAAGACAUAUGCGCGCGCGCCACGUGUUUGUAUGUAUGUAUGUUUGUGUGUCAGCUUUCACUCGGGGCGUGUUGUAUGUCUCUGUGUGCGUCGUUCAACGCGCGGGCCCCGUGUGUUGUGAGCGCCCGCCACCGCGCCUGGCCGGCCGGCCGGCCCUCCUGCCUUCACCAGUACACAGCGCGAGCGAGGCGGGGCGGCGGCCCCUACCUCAGACCGCCCGGCCGCCGCCCGCCGCCACCAGACGUCAAUACAGGCCACGGAGAGACUAAA